CUGUUUGCUUUUUAGAAACGGAUAAAAUCCCUGUAAUGCGUGGGCAGUGGUUUAUUGAUGGUACAUGGCAGCCAUUAGAAGAAGAAGAAAGUAAUCUAAUAGAACAAGAACAUCUCAGUUGUUUCAAAGGCCAACAAAUGCAAGAGAACUUUGAUAUGGAAGUAUCAAAACCUGUAGAUGGGAAAGAGGUUGUCUACCACCUCCCUCCCUUCUCCCUCCCUUCUCUGUUCAAAUGGAGAGGAUAUAAGGAGAGUACAGAUGCUGCAUGUCUUAAACGAAAGCGUUCCCAAGCUGUUCAUAGUUUCAAGUUGAGUCGCAACCACGUGGACUGGCACAGUGUAGAUGAAGUGUAUCUUUACAGUGAUGCAACAACAUCUAAAAUUGCAAGAACUGUUACGCAAAAGUUGGGAUUUUCCAAAGCUUCAAGUAGUGGGACAAGGCUUCACAGAGGCUAUGUAGAAGAAGCUACAUUAGAAGACAAGCCGUCGCAAACUACUCACAUUGUGUUUGUUGUGCAUGGUAUUGGGCAGAAAAUGGACCAAGGAAGAAUCAUCAAAAACACAGCUAUGAUGCGAGAUACUGCAAGAAAAAUAGAAGAGAAGUACUUUUGCAAUCUUGCAACACAUGUUGAGUUUCUGCCUGUUGAAUGGAGAUCAAAACUUGCUCUUGAUGGAGACACUGUUGAUUCCAUUACUCCUGAUAAAGUACGUGGUUUAAGGGAUAUGUUGAACAGCAGUGCAAUGGAUAUAAUGUAUUAUACAAGUCCUCUCUAUAGAGAUGAACUAGUAAAAGGCCUUCAACAGGAGCUGAACCGGUUAUAUAUGCUGUUCUGUUCUCGGAAUCCAGAGUUUGAAGAAAAAGGGAAAGUCUCAAUUGUGUCACAUUCCCUGGGAUGUGUAAUCACUUACGACAUAAUGACUGGCUGGAAUCCAGUAAGACUCUAUGAACAAUUGCUGCAGAAGGAAGAGGAGGAUCUUGAAGACCGUUGGAUGAGCUAUGAGGAGCAACAUUUGCUUGAAGAACUUUACAUAACUAAACAACGGACUGCGUCAAACAAAUAUCUGACUCCAGCAUCAAUUCCUUCUCCGAAUGGAAACGACAUACAACCUCAAAAAUUGGCUAACUGCUUUUUGUCCGCACCAUGCCUAAUGAAGACACCCCUUUUUUCUAGAUUGAGAGAGAUAGAAGAAAGGUUACAUGAAUUAAAGGCAUCAACCAUAUCGAAAACACCUGCCUUAAAAUUUAAGGUUGAGAAUUUCUUCUGUAUGGGAUCUCCAUUAGCAGUGUUUUUGGCACUGCGUGGCAUCCGUCCAGGAAACAGUGGAAGUCAAGAUCACAUUCUGCCCAGAACUAUUUGUAACCGGUUGCUAAACAUUUUUCAUCCAACAGAUCCAGUGGCCUAUAGACUAGAACCUUUAAUUUUGAAGCACUACAGCAACAUUUCACCUGUCCAGAUCCACUGGUACAACACUGCAAACCCUCUACCUUAUGAGCACAUGAAGCCAAGCUUUCUCAACCCAACAAAAGAACCUACCUCAGUCACCGAGAAUGAAAGUAUACCAACCAUACCAAGCCCUGCUACUUCACCAGUCAUGGUUCGACGCCAUUAUGGGGAGUCAAUAACAAAUAUAGGCAAAGCAAGUAUAUUAGGCGCUGCUAGCAUUGGGAAGGGCCUUGGAGGGAUGUUGUUCUCAAGAUUUGGCCGAUCUAGUGCACCCACUUCACAAACGUCUGAGACUGGAAAAGAGGGAACAGAAGGCGAAGACAAGAAGCCAGUUGCCAUUCAUUCUACUGUUGGAACGUUGACCUUCCCACACAGCAGUUCCGGCUUCCUUGACCCCACAUUGGAACUGGAGCACAGGAUUGACUUUGAGCUCAGGGAAGGUCUUGUGGAGAGCAGAUACUGGUCUGCAGUAACAUCGCACACUGCAUAUUGGUCAUCUAUGGAUAUUGCUCUCUUUCUUCUUACCUUCAUGUAUAAACAGGACCAAGAAGAUGCUGACAAAUCAAAUUUAGACCCUGUUUGAAUUUUUUGGGGUUUUUUUUAUUUUUUUUAUUUUGAGGAGGGUGGGAAUUUUACAACAAAUGGCACAAAACUGAUAUUUUACUGUUAAAACGUAGUGUCUAAGGCAUGGAAGUUUCAGGUUUAAAUGCAUGUUUGGAUUUUUUCCUGUUUUUAAAGAGCAAAAUGAUUUGCAUUUAAAAACAUUUAGUUUUAAAUAUUUGCAGAAAAUUAUUCCAAAUUCUCAUGAUUUUGAUUGUAUAAACAAGCCAGAACAUGUAGCAUCACAUAAGCACUGUGCUUGGGUGACAUGUGUUAAUGACCAUAAUUACUGUUUAGUUCGUUAAAAUAUAAAGAUUAGUCAACUGAAACUAAAUUAACUUUAAUUAACAAAACAUAUGUUAGAUGCAAACCUAAAACUGCCAUGUUCCUAUGUUUUAUGUACCAGUAAAUAAUAAACAUUGGUGUCAUUUUUCUAAGACUUUAUUGAAAUCUACAGGAUAUUACCCACAGUUCCAUUGAAAGACCAUUCCUACUGCUGACUUCAAGGGUGUAUUACACAUAACUUGUUUAGAAACUGCUGAAAAAGCAUGAAACAAAUAUUUGAAAUACUGUAAUUAUAAUUUAUUAUUACCUCUGACUAAUUGCUUCAUUUAUUCCAGUGUACAAAACAUUACUUUUUUACUGGUUUCUUUUGGCUUAAUUUAAGAACCACAUUUAUUUUCUACAGUGUUAAGAUUUUUUCUCAGAUAUACAUAUCUUUGUACUAUUCAAAUGAAUAUAUGGACACUGUGGCACACUUUCAGUAUUUUUUUCAUUAAAAAUAAAUCUUUGUGGUUUCACACAAA